CCUCAAACGAAGCUUGUGCCCGUACUUCCACCAAAAGAAGUUCAAGCAUUCAUAGGCUAAAUAAGAGAGGUCAUAUGUCGUUCUAGUUCAUAGAUUAUGGUUAUACGAACAUUUUUGUUUAAUUCGUUCAUUACAUGCCAUUCCUGGAAACGCUGAAAUUCUGUCAGAAGAAUAUAUUUUCAGGCCUAUUCAACCCUGCUGUCAUUUGGCUACCUCCAAUGAUAAAUAUGCUUCCGAAGACCCCUAAUUCUCAGUUUAAGACGCCAUACAGAGCACACACAUCUCCUGCCACAGUCUCGCCACCAGCAACAUGGUCUCAAUGUCCCGACCUCCUUCAAGCUACGACCCCCAGCUUCACCAUCGCGUGUUCCCAGAUGUCCACUCCCGGUAUCACCGUCGACGUCCUGCAGGCUAUCAGAAAAAAGCCGUCGGGAAGACGUGGCCGUGAUAGGGAAGGUAUUAGCACAAAUCCAGAUAAUGGCCAACUGACAAAGAAGCAAGGCAUCCACAAACCCAUUAUGUAUCGACAAAGCAUGAAACAGAGUAAAGGAAAUGGGUUUCGGGUGACUUCAUCUCCUGAUGGAGGAGGGAUUGGGAGUCAUGCCGAAACGGUUCUGUCCGGAGAAACCAAUACGCACUCAGGAGCCGCUGUGGCAAUAAGUUACAAGGGUAAUACAGGCCAAAAGACCUAUGGUUGUCACGACUCAAUGGGAGAGUUUUGUGAAAGCCCGGUCGUACCUGUGCAGGCCAUUAGAGAAAAUAACAAGCCUGGACAUAGAGAGAAAUUACACACUGUCAGGAACUCUUUACCCCAAGCAGCUUUAAGCAAAAGAAAACAAGCGGCUUUUACUUCCAAAGACGUCACAGUUAAGAGACCAAAACAGGUUGUUAAGGACACUGUCAGAACCAAGAGUAUUCUUGAUAAAUAUUUCAAGACAUACUUAAAUUGUUCAAAAUCAGGACAUUCUCUGUCUUUUGUUGAGAAAAACAAAUUGGAGAAGUCACACGGGGCAACAGAUCAGAUUGUUUUAGUAAAUCAGGAUGACUACGUGUAUAGAGAUACUGACGGGGAGAUUAGGGAUGUAAAAAACCUCACCCCUGCUUCACCAGAGGAGGCCUCCCGGACCACUUGCAGAGCCAGGAAGAAGAAGAGAAAAGAACAGGUGCGACUUCAGGUGCUGAAGACCAUCUACAAGAUCGAGACGGAACUCGCUGUCCUCCGACACAGAAGGAAGCAAAUCCAGGAAAAGCUGAAGAAAGAUAACAGGAUGAAUACAUUUCUCGGAUAACAGCUAUAACCAAAGACCACAGGAAACGUCACCUGGGACCUUGACCUCUGAGAGGCCAACUAAAGGUGAAGGUCAACAUGGGCAGCCAUUGUAACCUUGGGAAGGUGCAAUGAAGAUGAGGCUGACACGGCGGUGAUGGCCACAACGCCAUACGUGUUCUUCAACGUUCCCUUCGUUUUUAUUUAUUUUCGUUAGUUCUGUUAUAGUUGAUUUUGUUAGGCUCGAAAUGUUCAGAGUCAACUCACGAAUAUAUUUAUGUUUCAAGUGGUGUUAGCUUUUGGAAGUGUUUGUAAAUAGUCUAUUUCAGGUUGAUAUUGUGAUCUGUGAUACAUGGGUUCUGUCAAAGUUCACUGUGACAUCAGGCUGUGGUUUUCUCUGUGAUAGUUGUUACAAUAUUAUUGUCUGUAAUGUUUUGUAUGACGUUACGGCGUAUUUAUCGUCUAUUCGGUUUUUUUUGUAAAUGAGUCCUGAAUUAAACCUAUUAUGUUUGA